AUGUUUGUUCCUAACUACGGAUUCGAUCCUCAUAAUCCCCACCGGGGAGCGCGCGGCGCCAUGUCGAUGCGCUUCGACGAGUUCUACCGCUGUUAUCCCAUGGUUAUGGCGCCCGGGAGUGAGCGACCCGAACUCAACUACGGCUCCAAGAUUCUGCUUCCGCCGUCGGCGUUGGAUAAGGUAUCCCGGUUACACGUUCAGUGGCCGCUCCUAAUGGAGCUGGUGAAUGCAGAGAAGGGGAAGCACUCGCAUUGUGGUGUGCUCGAGUUUGUUGCCGAAGAGGGCCGGGCGUAUCUGCCACAAUGGAUGAUGGAAACACUACGUUUGGAUGUCGGCGACAUGAUCCAGAUCAAGACGACAUCGUUGGAGCUGGCACGCAUGGUGAAGCUACAGCCACAGUCGCCGGCCUUCCUCGAGAUUAGCGAUCCCAAGGCCGUCCUUGAACGGGCAUUCCGCAACUUCGCUUCGCUGACCAAGGGCGAUAUUUUCAACUUCGAAUACAACGGAGACGUCUACGGCGUGGCGGUUCUGGAAGUCAAGCCCGAGUCAGAAAAGAUGGGCGUCAGCAUGCUAGAAACAGACGUGUCGGUGGAAUUCGAGGCGCCAGUCGGUUACGUCGAACCAGAACGUGUCAAGGGCAGCGGAACUGGAACACCAAGAAACGGACUAGCACCUCCAGGCGGUGUCCUACACAAUCAGGGAACCAUGGCGCAAGCAAUCAACUACGAGUCUAUCGCACCUGGGACAGAGGCUCUGAAAGCGUCCAACUUUUCGGGCGAUGGUCAUAGAAUAGGAACGAAGAAGGGGAAGGCCGUGGCUACCACAUCAGGGAAGUCGUCCUCAACAGGAACCGGGACGCCAAAAAUGGCUGCAGAAGCUGCUUUGGGCACGGCACGUCGAGCCAACGGGCCCAUGCCUCUCCGACUGCCACCAAACAAGCUCUUUUUUGGCUAUAACGUCCGGCCGGUGAAGACAAAGGAGCAGAAAGAGGAGGAGGCAGCAGGAGCCUCGAAUCAGCCACACUUUGCUGGCCAAGGACAAAGCCUCCGUGAUGCGGCAACAAAGAAGAAGGCCGGAGAUGAUGGUACAUCCAAGUCCAAAGACAAGAAGCCAGGGAAGUCAAGCGGGCGGAAACCACUGUAA